AUGCCCAAACGGACUCGCAACGAGACAGAUGAGUUAGGCGAUGAGCAUCAGCAACAACAGCACCCAGCACAAGCACCAAAGAUUGAAAAGUUACCGUAUAUUGUAUGUGAUCAACCUCCAACGUGCUGUGACAAUCCAACUCCACUAUACUCACUUGCAGCAUAUGAAGCUCACUACCGACAAUUUCACGCAGCCGUGUGCAUGGCAUGCGAUAAGGCGUUCCCGUCGGCACACUUGCUGAUUUUACAUGUAUGUGAGCAGCAUGACCCGAUCACUGCACUGCGUAGAGACCGUGGGGAAGCUAUGCUUGGGUGUUUUGUAGAGACAUGUGAGGAAAAGUUUCAAACAGAAGAAUUGCGCAAGACCCAUUUGAUUCAAGUUCACGGGUAUCCUGAGGUGAGUUUUCCAAGGUGA